ACGACCUUGUUUUUGUUGAUGUUUAACUUGAGUGCGGCUGCGCGCUGCUCAAUGCUUUCGCCGUUGCUGACGCGACUUGGCAGGGGAAAAAAAAAAAUAGUGUGUGAACCCUCUGGCAGCGGCCAGCGACUCUGUCGAAACCGAAUAGGUAGUACGACCUAAGACUAUUGUUAUUUGGGAGCCGAUGGUAGUAAGUGAGCGACAAUCUUAACCAGCGACUAACCAACCUCUCCCGUAUGUGAUCGCCCUUCCUCCUCGUCGGACGCUGCCAGCGAGGGCCAAGGGACAAAAUAGCAUAUCGCCAUUAUAUGAUCCAGUGUCCAGCGUCACUUUUACCCUCCAUGUGGGUGAGGGAACUGUGUGUAUCCGAUUAUGGCGAGAAAAACAGUUAGCAGGAAAAGGAAGGCAGGAGAGCCCAAGGACCAACAACAGCUGGGCUGGUGUCAGGCACCACACAAGCGGAGCCGAGUUUCUUCUUCAUCACGUCAUGCCCAGCAGUGGUGGUGCAGUCGGCGCUCAGUGGUAUGUGCCCUCCGGGGACGGGAGUUCAGGCCUCAACAGCAGCAUGAGUUGCGGCUCCAGCGGAGCCUGCGUGGCUUUGCGGCCGGCAGGCUUCCCGGCAUCCUCAAGGAGAGGGAGUUCUCACUGGGGCGACUCAACAAGGUGUUCGCUUCACAGUGGCUCAACCACAGACAGGUCGUGUGCGGGACCAAGUGCAACACGCUUUUUGUAGCCGACGUCCUGACGGGGCAGAUAACGCGUAUCCCCAUGCUGAAGGACAGGGAGUGUCGCAGUGGAGGUUCUGGGGUGGUGGGUACAGUCGUGGCAGAGCGGCAUUACCACUCCACGGCAGGCUCACGCUCACGGCUGGACCAGCAGGGCUGCGGGAUCCAUGCUAUUGAACUGAACCCAUCCAGAACGCUGCUAGCCACAGGAGGAGACAACCCAAACAGCCUGGCCAUCUACCAGCUGCCCACACUGGACCCUGUCUGUGUUGGAGAUGAUGGUCACAAUGACUGGAUCUUCUCCAUUGCCUGGAUCAGCGACAACAUGGCGGUUUCUGGGUCCAGAGAUGGCUCCAUGGGCUUGUGGGAGGUGACGGAGGAAGUAAUGAAUCAGGCAGAGCGCAGUCAGAACGAGGAGUCGGUACCCUCCUACGCCCACAUCUCCCACCGUGCCCUCAAGGACAUCCCGAAGGAGUACACCAACCCAUACAACUGUAAAGUCCGUGCUCUGGCCUUCAACAACAACCACAAAGAACUGGGUGCUGUGUCCUUGGACGGCUAUUUCCACCUCUGGAAAGCUGAGCACAACUUGUGCAAGAUACUGUCCACCAAGCUGCCUCACUGCAAAGAGAAUGUGUGUCUGGCAUACGGACAGGACUGGUCAGUGUACGCUGUGGGUUCUCAGGCCCAUGUUUCAUUUCUGGAUCCGCGACAGCCUACACACAGCAUCAAGUCUGUCAAUUCCAGAGAGAGAGGAAGUGGGAUCCGAUCAGUGAGUUUCUAUGAGCACAUUGUGACGGUGGGCACCGGCCAAGGUUCUCUUCUUUUCUACGACAUCCGGGCCCAGAGAUUCCUGGAGAACCCUUUGAAUCCAGCUGGGGGUUACCGGAAGUGCCCAGGAGAUGGCAUCCUCAAGCUCACUACAGGGAAAGGCUGGCUGAAUCAUGAUGAGACGUGGAGGAGUUACUUCUCAGACAUUCAUUCCUUCCCCAACGCGGUGUACACCCACUGUUACGACGACUCCGGCACCAAGCUGUUUGUAGCAGGUGGACCACUCUGCUCUGGCCUGCAUGGCAACUACGCAGGACUGUGGAGCUAGCCUCUCCGUCUCCCCGCUCCAUUGCUUUAUCACUACUACACCCUCGUCCAGAUUUUUGCAUAACCAGACCCUCCAUCCCUCUCCCUCUUCAAGUCUGUUGACCUCACUGUCUUGUAUUGUCACUCUAUUUUGCUCACACGUGGACUCAGGAGCAUGAUCUUGCCCCCACCGUAUCACGGCUUUGAAUAUUGUUGUUGUGUAUGUUUGUGUCCACCAUCACAGUAUCCACUCUCCUCCAAUUCUUCCUUUGCACCUUUCCUCCACAGCUACUCAGUUUUUUUUUAUAUGAAAAUGUACAAACUUAUUAACUAGUAUUUUUCUCAAGAGCUGCAAAGUCUGCCACUAAGGAACUCAGAAGUCUUGAGAAACAUUAAGAAUAAAGUAAUACAUGUUCUCAUAAUUUAAAACGUUUGCAUCCAACCCACAGGGAUUAGGCUAGGAUCUUUUGCUGGUUUAUGUUUUGUUUUUUUUUUGUUUUUGGUAUGUAAGGAUAGUGUUUACUGCUGCUUCCUCUGUGAUAAAUGACAGUGUCUUUGUGAAACACCCCAAAAAUUCCUUUUCAUUCUCUCACUGAAAUGGACGGCAAUAAAAAAAAAAUAAAAUAAAAGGAGAGGGAGAGAGGAAGAAGGACUUGAAGAGACAAUACACUUUGAAGGACUGAACCCGGAGUGCAGUUUGACGUUUUGGUAGACUGGUUGGAACAGCCCGUCCUGUCCCGCAAACAAUCACAAAGAACUUCUCUCUUCUCCUGUCGGAAGUAAAACGAAGCAGCCAAUCAAAACAGGACUUUGUGUUCAGAUUUUUCUCAUUGAGAUGAUGUAAAGGAGAAACAUUAAGAUUGCUAAAUGCAGUGUUGUUGUUCUGCUACGAAUUUAUCCCAACAAAUGCGUAUUUUAUUUUUGACUGUGUGAUUUGACAGGCAUACCCCUGCUGAUAUUCUAAUUAGCUUUAUUUGUAUUUAUUUCCCCCUCCCGCUGUCACCUUCAGUUGGUCAGGGGUCUUUGUACCUGCUUCUUUGGAAGGAUAUAUUGUCUUUUUGCCGUUUGCUUACGUUCCUGUUCUCUUUAACCAGAAUGCUCUCAGCAGAUUUGUACAUUAGUGGUGUUCAAAUCCUGAUCUGUAAUCGUACUGGUGUUAAGAUUUUGAUAGUAUCAUCAAAUACGAUGAUUGAUAGGUAGAGGCGCCUUUAAUUGCUGGAUUGAAUCCCCCUCUCCCUCUAAAUGAUUCUUGGACUCCUCCACGGGAACAAGGGAGAAGAUUUGUAGUAGCUCACUUUGAUCUUCUCAACCAUCCACCACGAAGGAUGCAAGUUGAACUGAUGAGAAUUCUUUUUUUUUUUUUUUUGGAGUUGACUGGCGUUCGAUGCUGCAGGCACAUACAUUUGUUGUCACAGUUGUAAAACUUUCUUUUUUUUGUACCAAGGAGUGAGCGAUUCCGCUCUUUUCCUUGUUUGGUAGAGGCAGGGUCGGCUUUGACUUAACGUUUUUGCCUUCCUCGAGUCUUUCUGUGAAAGACUGCCACAGGCGAUCAUAGUUUUCCUUUUCUACAGUUUUCAUGAUAAUGACAGAUUGAAAAGUAAAACCCCAAUUACAACAACAAAUUGAACAAAUAACCAACACUUUUAAAGUGUAUUUUAUAUAUAAAUGUGUAUAUGUAUGUGUAAAAUACAUAGGGACAAUUGCAUACAUUUUUAUGUAUAUGUCUGAGGAAGUGUGUGGAUUGAUCUGUCUACUUGGUGAUGCCCUGUUUUUUUUAUA